CUUCCCUCCCUCCCUCCCAUCCCCCCUCCCCGAGACCCACCGGACCCCGAACCCAGAUGGCCGAAGUGGAUUUCCCCUUUUAACGGUUUGGCGUCUCCCUCGACCACCGCCUCUUUGUGCCGCAGCCCCCUCGUAGGACCUGCUCCCGAGGUUAGAUGCCCACCCCACUCCUGCAGCCUCUGGCCCCCAGAGCGAAGGUUGGGAGCUGCACUGCCUUUGUUACCAGAAGACUUAUGUUAUAAUUUUCCCUGGGUGGACCAGGGAUGCACAAAAGGGUGACUCUCCCCAGUCCCCCUGCUCCCCACCCCGGCAUCAUGCAUCGGACCACACGGAUCAAAAUCACAGAGCUGAACCCUCACCUCAUGUGUGCCCUCUGUGGGGGGUACUUCAUCGAUGCCACUACCAUCGUGGAGUGCUUGCAUUCCUUCUGCAAAACCUGCAUUGUGCGCUACCUGGAGACCAACAAGUAUUGCCCCAUGUGUGAUGUGCAGGUCCAUAAAACCCGGCCGCUGCUGAGCAUCAGAUCAGACAAAACCCUGCAAGACAUAGUCUACAAAUUGGUCCCUGGGCUUUUUAAAGAUGAGAUGAAACGGCGGCGGGAUUUCUAUGCAGCAUACCCCCUGACAGAAGUCCCUAACGGCUCCAAUGAGGACCGUGGAGAGGUCCUAGAGCAGGAGAAGGGGGCUCUGAACGAUGAUGAGAUUGUGAGCCUCUCCAUCGAGUUCUAUGAAGGCGUCAGGGACCGGGAGGAAAAGAAGGGUCCUCUGGAAAAUGGGGAUGGGGACAAGGAGAAGGUGCCUCCCCUGCAGCAGACGGGGGUACGCUUCCUGCGGUGUCCAGCAGCCAUGACUGUCAUGCAUCUCGCCAAAUUUCUCCGCAACAAGAUGGAUGUACCCAGCAAGUACAAGGUGGAGGUUCUGUAUGAGGACGAGCCACUGAAGGAAUACUACACCCUCAUGGACAUCGCCUACAUCUACCCCUGGAGGCGGAACGUCCCUCUCCCCCUCAAGUAUCGUGUCCAGCCGGCCUGCAGGCGGCUCACCUUGCCCACAGCACCCACCCCCUCCGAGGGCACCAACACCAGCGGGGCGUCCGAGUGUGAGUCAGUCAGCGACAAGGCUCCCAGCCCUGCCACCCUGCCGGCCACCUCCUCCUCCCUGCCCAGCCCAGCCACCCCCUCCCAUGGCUCUCCCAGCUCCCACGGGCCCCCAGCCACCCACCCUACCUCCCCAACUCCCCCUUCGACAGCCAGUGGGGCCACCACAGCUGCCAACGGGGGCACCUCGAACUGCCUGCAGACAUCAUCCUCCACCAGCAGGGGGCGCAAGAUGACCGUCAACGGAGCUCCUGUGCCCCCCUUAACUUGAGAAAAGGGACCCUCUCCCUUCCUUUCCAGCCAUGCCUCUCCACCCCUCCACUUUUUCUGGGCCCCUUUUUCCACCUCUUCUACUUUUCCCAGUUCCUCCCACCUUAGGGGUGGGGGGUGGGUUUUAUAAAUAAAUUUAUAUAUAUAUGUACAUAGGAAAAACCAAAUAUACAUACUUAUUUUCUAUGAACCAACCAGAUUAAUUUAAAUGCCACAGGAAACAAACUUUAUGUGUGUGUGUAUGUGUGGGGGAUGGGGUGUUCAUUCUUAGGGGGUCUUGUGUGAUUUGCUCUGCUCUCUUUUUGGGGGUGCCUGGAAGAGGGUUGGAGGGGCUACUUGAGGCUCAGUAAAGCUCUACCCCAUCCUACUUCUGUUUCCCAAGGCAGAUGGGGUGUUAGGGGGACCUACCACCCAGCCCACUGAACUUUUGGCACAAGUCUAACUGGCUGUGUAUGGGGUCUACCCUCUUUCUCACCCCAUUUUGUCCUGCUGUCCUGCCCUGACCAGUUCCCCUGCCCCCAUUACUGAAUGUCCAGAGAACUUGCUAAGACAGUGCCUUUUUACAAAUGCAGUUUAUCCCCUGGGUCUGCAGAGCGAGUGGGUGGUGGAGAUUGUAUCUCCCUAACCCACUCCUCUUACAGUGGAAACUUUGUGCAAAGAAUAGAUAGUUCUGCCUUUUUUUGUUUUGCUUUUUUUUCCCUUGUGUGUGGCCUUUGCAUCAUUUACCUUAGGGAAGAAGAGGUUCAGGCCACUGGAGGCGUCCACUGUGGCUUUAGCAUUGUGACCUGCUUCACCUGCUUCUGCCCCCUGCCCCCACCCAGGAACCCUUAUUUGCAAGGCUGGUGGUAAAGUCUCACGGGGGCUUGGAGUGGAGGUUAACCUCAAAACAAGCUCAGACCCCAGAUUUUGCCAAAGGCGAACAUCCCUCCAGUCCCUUCCUCACCCCCAGCUGAGGCCAAGUCAGGAAAGCGGCAGAGGCAUCUAAAAGCCCAAGGAGACACAAACCUGUAAACUGUGACCUCAGCUCUCUUCCCAGAGGUCAGCACACCGUCCCCUGAGGGGCAGACCCCAAAAGAUCCCUUCCCACCUGUUUUUUCCUCCAGUGUACAGAGAUCAGAGUGGGGAGGAGGUGAGGAGGCAAGACUUUAUCACAGCCUGGGUGUUUGGGGUUGGGAGCCCUCCAACAGGUUUGUCGUGUUUGCACCUUGUCCUGUGUCUGAGGCGCUGUGGCUGUACCCUGCUCCUGCCCUGGGACAUUUGUAUCUCCUGGCUUUGUAAUAAAUGCUGCUCACUCUC